CGCAGGUGAGAAAGUCCUGCCCUGAACCACCGGCGGCUUGAAACAGGGAAGAAGACUUUAAAAAACAUACCCAAGUACUUUCAUUUAGUACAAUGUCGAAAAUAAAGAGUAUUGUCUGGCCUCAGGUAGUUCUGUUUGGAGACUCCAUCACACAGUUUGCUUUCCAAGCGAAAGGAUGGGGCUCUGAUAUCGCCAACAGGCUCGCGAGAAAGUGUGACGUGGUGAACAGAGGUUUAUCUGGAUAUAACACUCGAUGGGCUAAGCUGGUUCUUCCCCGGAUCAUCCCGGAUCAUGGUGCUUCUCAUCCUUCCAUCGCAGCAGUGACCGUGUUCUUCGGCGCCAAUGACGCAGCCCUGGAAGAUAAGGACCCACAGCAGCAUGUUCCCUGUGAGGAAUACUCGGAGAAUCUGAAGGACAUAGUGAAAUAUCUGGCCUCAGCUGGCGUGCCUAAGGACAAAGUCAUAUUCAUCACUCCUCCACCAAUUCAAGAGAAGCUCUGGGAAAAAGAGUGCAUAUUAAAAGGAUUCUCCCUGAACCGUCUGAACUCUGUGGCUGGUCAGUAUGCUCAGGUUUGUGUCCAGACGGCAGGACAGUGUGGUGUGGAUGUGAUCAACCUCUGGUCUCUCAUGCAAAAAGAUGGAGAGGACUUCUCAGUGUACCUGUCAGACGGCUUGCAUCUCUCCGAGAAGGGCAACCAGUUUGUAGCCGAGCACGUGUGGAGAUUAUUGGAGAGCAAAGUAGCUGAUUUGCCCUUCAUCCUGCCGUACUGGGCUGAUGUAGACUGCAAGAACCCUGAGAACAGCCUGCUGUGUGAUUAGAGUCAGAAACCACCGAAUCUCUGAUCUGAUCUGACUGGUUUUACUGUAAAUGGUUCCAUCUUUUAGGUCUUUUUCAGUCUGAUUUGCACUUGUAUUUAAGGGAGGGAUGAGAUAUAAGAACCGGGUGCUCAAGCAAGUGUGUUCACGUCAUGCUGGAAUUACAAGCCGGCGGUUCAGAGGUUCUGCUGUUAGCUUUUUAAAUCUCCCUGGACUCAUUUUGAAUAGUUUCUAAAGCUAACACAAACUCACACUAUUAUUUGUCAAUAAAUAAUAGAAAUGUAUAGAGUUCACUAUUGCUUUUAUAUUCCUAUUAAUGACCCAAUGACUGUAAUUCCAGCAUGAAUCUAUGUGAAUAUACAAUAAUGUGUAAAUAGCAAUAUUAGAUAAUUGAGGCAUUAUUCGGAACACAGAACACGUAAAUGCAGGAAAUGCUCUAAACCUGAGACUUGAAGUCAGUGUUUAAUCUGUAAUGACAGGUUUUCUUCAUAUUCUCAAUUAUUCAUUUCUCGUUGCACUGAUACACAGUGAUUGAUGUGAUUUUGAUUAAACAGGUUUCUAUCCAGUGUGUUUGCAGUCACGUUCAGUACAAGGGUGUAGUGGUCGAGUUUAUUAUUGUGUAAGUAAAUACAAUGUAGGUAUAUAAAGAUAUAUACAUCUAGAAGUGAACAUUUAAACACCACGGAAAGUAUUCCAUGGGUUUAUGGCACAGUAAAUUUAUAUUUCAUGGCCUAUCACUAAGCCAUAAUUGAUAACACUUAAGUAACAAUUAGAGUGGUAUUGAGUGUAGCAUUUCAUACAUAACAAAAUGGAUAUAAAAUACAUCAAGAGAAAGGCAAAAUCUAGAGAUGAUAACCGAAAAAUGCACAGCACAGCAAACAUGUUCCAAAAGUCAGUGUCAAGAGUAAAAUGACAUUCACAUCCAUAGUGCUUUAAUCAUAAAGCCAUAAUGUUAUCUGUUCUCUGAAUCAUUAUGGACCACACACACA